AUGGGCGCCAAAAUCUUUAUCACUGCCGGCACGGGCUACGUUGGCGGCACUGUUCUCGACAUUCUGGUUAAGCGCCAUCCGGAAUACAGCAUCACCGCGCUCCUGCGCAACGUCCCUGACGAUUUUGCCGCGCGCUAUCCCAACGUUCGCAUCGUUCGCGGUACCUUCGACGACGCACAGCUGAUCGCCGACACCGCGGCUGAGAAUGACAUCGUCAUUCAUGGCGGGAAGCCGAAGCACCUCCCGAGCCUCGAAGCCCACAUCGCUGGUCUCCUCCGCCGUUCUCAACCCGGACCCGGUUUCCUAAUCCGCCUCGCCGGCACAGGCAUCAUCGCCGACUGGCAAAACGGACCUUACGCCGUGCUCAACCCUAAGGUUUGGUCCGACGUCGACGAUAUCGACAAUAUCACAAGUCUUCCCGAUGACUACCUGCACCGGCCGGCCGACAAGAUCUUGCAAGCGGCAGCCGCUCAGCACGGCGACAGACUCAAGACAGCUAUCAUCUGCCCGUCAGGAAUCUACGGGCAGGGAAGGGGACCCGGCAACACCCGCAGCCUGCUCAUACCAGAGAUGUGCGAGAAUAUCAUCGAGCUGGGGUAUUCCUUCUACGCGCUGACGGGCGCGAAUCGGAGGUCCUGGAUCCAUGUCGACGAUGUUGCCAACGUAUACCUCAAACUUGUGGAAGCUGCUGUUGCAGGGGGAGGAAAUGCAGUGUGGGGGAAAGAGGGGUACUACUUCGCCACCAGCCAAGAACUGUCACAACUCGACCUGGCCCGGGAGGCUGGCAAGAUCCUCCACACACAUGGCCUGAUUCCUACUAGCGAACCGAAGAGUUUGCCUGUCGAUACUGUGAGAGAGAUGCGGGGUGGCUCGAGCUGGGAGCCGAUGGGAGUGUACACCUGGGCUUGUAACACGCGUGUGCGCGCAGAUCGGGCGAGAUCUCUCUUGGGUUAUGCGCCAAGUGCACCCAGUGUGCAGAGCGCGUUAGAGGGUGAUCUUCUAGAUGCCGUCGAGCAUGUGAAGCAGAAUGGGCCAACGUAUUGUCCAGGUCUUCGGCUUUAG